GUGGAUAUGAUUCAGAGGCCUUCCAAACGCAUUUCGUCGAUUAACCGGCCGUUCAGUCCGCGCAUCGGUAGACCAUCACUGAUGGACAUCCAGAAUGUGAUGGACAACACUCACAAGAAGCGUGUUGUGUCCACACAUUGCACGUCCAAAACACUCACGUUUGACAGCAAUGACACCAAUAGUGUCAUCACUAAAAAGAAACGCAAGGCUCGAGUCAGCAGUAGAUCCAUUGGAUCAGAUUUGUCUGACUCUAGCAGUCUGUCCACCCGUAGUAGUCGUCGUAAUCGUAAGGCUGUCUCUUAUAAGGAACCAUCACUUGCGCAAACUUCGUCGAAGUCACGAUUGAUUGGUAAUAGGUUUAGUGUGUAUUACUAAUUAUAUUCACGAUUAUCUCCAUAUUUUCACUUUAUUUAUACCUUUCACUCUUAGAAUGUCUUAUAUUUUAUUGC